AUGGAAGCCGAAUCGUCAAUACAACUAGUGUGGCCUACCAAAUCUCGCCCGUCCGGUUUGACGACUGCGCCUUUUCUGGCGGCAAGACCUAUGAUCCGUGGACCGGCUAUGGUCAGGCAAAAAUCGGCUCAGAUCCUAUUCACGUACGGCCUCACCAACAGACUCAAGCAGCGAGACAUCGUCUCAUUUGCCUGCCACCCUGGAUCCAAUCUCGACACCAAGCUUGGCUCUCAUAUGGUCGUGGGCGACUAUGUUGACAUCCUGCCCAUAACGAAACGCAAUACAGGCAAGGAAUUUGCUUGUGUUGUUGGAGAUGAACCGAGGUUCAAGACGUAUGAGCAGAUCGGUGCCACGCCUCUUAUUGCUGCGCUUGAUUCGGAUCUUGCGGUACAGGCUCCGGCUUAUUUGCAAAAUAUUCUGGUUGUGCAGCCUCUUGUGGAGCAUGCUUAUGAUCCUGAUCAUGUAGAGAAGUGUUGGAACCUGAGCGAGAAGCUUGUUGGUCAAGAGUUCACAUUUACUAAAUUUCCGCUAUCCAGAGAUUAG